CUUGGGUUUCCCUCAAUGACUUCCUUCUUCAGACAACAAGUAACCUAUGAGCUUACCAAUUAAUUCAUGAAAACUGCUAUAUGAUAAAGUCAUAGGAGUUAUCUUUUGAAUUGUAUAAUUUUGAACAAGUAUAAUUAAUUAUUUUCUAUUUAUACCUAUUAAUCAGUCCUUUCGACGCUCACACUCGUUUAAUAUAAUUUUGGUAACGAAUUUGGACCUAAUAUAUUGUUAAGUUAGAAAAGUAACUUUUUCAAAGAAUUUUUUAUGAACGCAGGAUGGAAGAAGAUAAGAAGAAGGAGAUACUAAGUGAAGAAAAAUCAUUUUCUCAUUUGAGUUCUGAGUUGGAUACUCAGGGUACUCCAGUGGGUGAGAAAACGCCAUUGUUUUUCGAAGGACCUAGCUUAGAUGUUUCUCCUAAUGAUGCAUCUAGGUUUUUAAAUAAUGAGAGUGGUGAAGUUUCCUUUGGUAAUAUGUCAGAACUCAACGUCGCUACUGACCUUUUGGAAUCUUUAGAUUUACGGAGUAUGUACAUGCAGGGAUACGGUCAUAACGAUGCUUUAUUUAAUUCAUCCCAAAGUCCUACAAAGAAAUCUGGUGGUUUCUCUAUUGGGCGUCGUAUGAAUACGUCUAAUGAAGAACGGAUCCCUAGUUUAACUUACACUACCGGGAGCUCGAAUGGUUCUUCACGACCUUCAGUGUAUAAAGAUGACGCUGUAUCCGAUAUUCAAGAUGAUGAAUAUGCAGAUAUUCCUCAAAGGAUCAUCUAUUCCAAUGGUGCUGCUUCUCAAGAUGAUUCUUCAGAGAAAUCCAAUUUUAUCUCAUCUACUUCCUCACCCAAGAGUACCCUGGUUGGUUCUCUAUCAAGACCAAAUGAUUAUUCUAAUGAAACAGAAGAAAACGGUAGGCUAUCUCGUCCAAUUUCUAGUAAUGGUAAGCCUCUGCCACCCCUUCCUUUUUCCCCAGAGAGGGUUCCUCGAGCUCUACCGCGUACGCCACAAUUGCUCCCUUCUAAGGUCAAUUAUGAAAUGCCAUCUGAUGAUUCUUUAACAUCUGAAACCGUAGAUUAUAAUCUGCAACAUCCUCUUGCACCCAUUCAGGAAGCACCUGUAGAAGAUACCACCGAGCAUGUUUCGACAUCUGUUUUUGACGAUGACGUUAAUAAGUCGAUGUUUUCUUCUGAUAGUCUUCGUAAAAAAGUGCAAGCCAAACUCGAAGCUAAGCGUGCCUCUGAUGGAAGUUUUUACCUAAGCUCAUCUCAGGACAAUGACGGAUUUUCUAAAGAAUCGGUGAGCCGAGAACAGAUUCCAAACGUUUUGGAUGAUUAUAUGGAUAACGGUGAGAAAGUGGUUACAAAUGAUAACUAUCGAUCUCCUUCAAAGCGUGGUUCAGUUACUUAUAAAGAGGUUCCGCGAUAUUCUCUUGCUGCUGCGAAGAUUAAAUUUAGUAUAGCUAGUCAACGAGGCCGCAUCAAAAGCAGCUCCUCUAUUGAUAAUUUAAGCGCUAUACUAGAUUCGGAUGAACUUCACCAGAAGCUGAUAACUCCUAUUCCUGGUUCGAAACGUACUUUUAGUAAUAUCACUGCAAAUGAUGUCGCAAGUCAAUCAGACUUUAUACCGAGUAGUUCUCAAUCCCAGAAGGAAGGAGCAUGGAACAUUUCGGAAACGGGAACCGUGGCUUAUUAUGAGCCAAGUUUUGAAGUGUCGGAUAAAAUAGCUGAAGCGAGGGAAUCUACUCCCAUUUCAGAUGAAGGGACAAAUAAUCGGCCAAGAUCUUUAGAAAUUGAUCGUUCCAAAUCCAAUCGUGUGAAUAAACCUAAAAUUGGCUCUACAGCUGCUGGAGCUGAGAAUGUUGCUCCGCGACCGUCAACCUCGCUGGGAUUUGUCAAACGAGAUAUUUUUGAAGACAAGCCUAAAUCUUUACCAAAAAGUGGCCGUUUCUUUAUUCAUUUAAAUUAUUUUCGACAUUUGUCCUCGCCUUUCGUUGGAGAUCAACCAGGAAUGAGAAUAAGCGUAGUUACGCCUUCCCAAAGUGUUCAACUUCCAUGGCAAUUGAACAAAAGCAAUGAUAGAUUGGACCAUGAUUUCACCUUUCCUGCUGAUGAUAAAUUUGCCGUCGAUUUCAUGUUUUUUGACAUGCCACAUAGCAGUAGUAUUCAAGACAAAAAUCAGACUUUUACGAAGUCCAACCCCCAAGCUGUAAAUGUGGAAACAAAAUCGAAAACAAAAAGGCUUUUUGAGCGUCUUUUCAAUCGACGUAAAAAAAGGAAACUUGCAAAGUCUAACUCUUUAAAUGGUGGUAAGCAAAAGCCUAAUAAGUUGACCAAAGUAUCAGGAAUAGCCACUCUGACAUUGUCUCAUGUUAAGGAUAAUUGCUUUGGUAAAGUUUUAGUUACUGAGAUUCCCAUCAGAUUACAGGCCAUGUCUGGUAAAACGGGCUUAAAACUGAACGACGUUAUAGGAAAUCUAUCAUUGAGUUGUCUAUAUAUUCCUGAGCUUGCCGUCCCAGAAUCUGAAAUGCCUAUUACACUUGGUCAAGCCAAUCAAGAUCUUCGACAUAUUCGUCAGACUUAUAUAUACAAAGAGGGUUAUAUUUAUAUACUGGAGGGUACUUCUGUUCGUAGACGAUUUGCGGUUCUAUCUUCUAAAAAAAUCAGUUUGUAUACUGACAAAGGUGGUGAUUUUCUUUUGGGUUUGAAGGCUGUUGGAAAUGUACGAAGUUUGUCUAUAGCCGAUUGCGACAAAGAAAUGUUGAAUUUGGGAAUUACUAUGGGAAUCCUCAUGAUUACCGACAAAGGGGUUCGUGUAAAGUUUUACUCAGAUUCUGAAAAGGAGUGUACAAAAUGGAUUGAGGCACUCAAUGCUCAUUCUUUGGUACUAGAAAGAGAAAAUCAGAGACCUUGGCUUCAAGAGUUUGUUAAGCUUAUUCAAUAAUUUUGGAUAUUUUUAUUUUGGAUCAAUAUCAGAAGUUGAUGGAAUUUUUUUUAAAUUUGAAUAAAUUUUAAUUAUUUAGACAAUUAUAUGGAUUACUAAGUAUAUUAUAGUGCAGUAUAUAAAAUUGUAGGUAGCUUAUUGCAGGUGUACGA